AUGACGGUGGACGAGUGGAGACUCUUGGACGUCUCCACGGCGUUUGGCAGCGGAGAAAACUCCGUCCCAGAUUUCGGAGAAAGCGCGGAUGAUGAUGCCGUGGUGGUAUGGCUCGUUAAGGGAGAGGAAGCAGUGGAGAAGCUCUCUGAGAUCGUUUUUGGAGUAAAUCUCGUUCUCGAGAAUCAUCUGAAGCAUGGACUGUCGGAAAUCUAG